AAUAGAGUGAAAGCCAUCACACGUGACUAUUUCAAGAACAGAUCAAGAAAUAGAGUAGAGAGAGAGAGCGUUGAGCGAGAAACAGAGCGCGAAGGAGAGGUAAAAACAGUUGCAGAAAUGAAGGAUUAGUCAUUAGAUCCUCCGAAUCGGUCGAAGCAAAACCCUAAUUUCGCAGAACCAAUCAAAUGAGAUGAAAUCAAAUCAAGUCCGUCAAUCGAAUCUCUCGCAGAUGACCCAUAAGACCUCCAAUUUUCUCAUCAAUUUCGAGCCCAAGAGGGAUGCCUAUGGAUUUACUGUGAGACCUCAGCACCUUCAAAGAUUUCGAGAGUACGCCAGUAUCUACAAGGAAGAGGAAGAAGAAAGAUCAGAAAAAUGGAAAAGCUUUCUUGAACAGCAACCUGAGUGUGCUCAACUGAGCUCUGAGGAGAAAAAUAUCCACACAUUGCAUUCAGAAGUUCCAGAGCGAAAAACAGAGCUUGUUCUGGAGGUGAGUUGGGAAGGGGAUGAUUCAAGAGGAGGGAAAUCUGUUUCUGAUGUUCAGACAGAAAGUGAUCACGGGAAGGAGGUGUUGGUGGCAAUACAAACAAAAAACUGUAAGGUGCAACCGUGGGCUCAGAUUAGACCAUCUCUUAUUGCCAUUGAGAAUAUGAUGAGUCCCCGUAUCGAGAAUAGAAAGAGUAUGAUAGAUGAGCAGAUAACUACUACUCGAAAUCAUCUUCCAGCAGUUGAAGAGGCGAGACCCUCAAGAGGGGAAUCUGAAGAGGACUUCGAGGAAGUGUUCUAUGAUAACGAGAUAGUAGAUGAUAGCGUAAAUGCCUCUGGAGAAGAAAGUGCUGCCAGUGGCAGGGUCCCUCCAGAACCAUUCUUUUCUGGGAAAGAAGAACUGGAAUUCCUUGUUCGCGGGGGAGUGCCAAGGGAUCUCAGGGGAGAGGUAUGGCAAGCCUUUGUUGGUGUGAGAGUACGUCGUGUGGAGACACAUUACCAGAAUUUGCUUGCUCCAGAAAGUAAUGCUGGUGAUGGCCAGGAGAAUGAUAAAUCGUUAUCAGUCGAUGGUAGUAAGAGGACCAAUGGAGACAGAAAUGGUGUACCCGAGAAAUGGAGAAAGCAGAUUGAGAAGGAUUUACCUCGAACAUUCCCAGGUCACCCGGCAUUGAAUGAAGAUGGUAGGAACUCCUUGAGGCGUUUACUUCUGGCAUAUGCUCGUCAUAACCCUUCUGUAGGAUAUUGUCAGGCAAUGAAUUUCUUUGCUGGCAUAUUACUACUAAUGAUGCCUGAGGAAAAUGCCUUUUGGACCUUGGUGGGUAUUAUUGAUGACUACUUUGAUGGCUACUUCUCAGAAGAAAUGAUAGAAUCUCAGGUGGAUCAACUUGUUUUUGAGGAGUUGAUGCAAGAAAGAUUUCCUAAACUGGGUUUGUCUACUGCUUUUUUACAAUUACCCUCUUUAUCUGUUAUUUUCAUUACAUCAACGCAAUUAUCUUAUUCCAUUAAUGCUUCUGUUGCAGUCAAACAUUUGGAGUACUUGGGAGUGGAGGUCGCUUGGAUUUCUGGCCCUUGGUUCCUUUCCAUAUUUGUGAAUAUGCUUCCAUGGGAAAGUGUUCUUCGAGUUUGGGAUGUGAUUCUAUUCGAAGGAAAUCGUGUUAUGCUAUUUCGAACUGCACUUGCUUUAAUGGAGUUAUAUGGUCCUGCUUUACUUACAACUAAGGAUGCUGGGGAUGCUAUUAUUUUGUUGCAAUCCCUUACUGGUUCAACAUUUGAUAGCAGCCAGCUUGUUUUGACUGCGUGCAUGGGUUUCUUAACUGUAACUGAAGAUAGAUUGCAAGAGUUGAGAGAAAAGCAUCGACCAGCUGUACGAGUAGUGGUUGAGGAAAGAUCAAAAGGGGGUCGAGUUUCAAAGGAUUCCAAAGUUCUUGCAUCUAAGUUAUAUAGUUUCAAGCAUGACCGUGGAUCAUUUAAAAAAGAAAAAAAGACAGAAGAAGAGUCAGGUGAUAAGAUAACAGAUGGGGUUAUAUCUCAUUUGGAGUCUCCUUCCACUGAUCUGGACGAGUUUCUUAGUGGCCUAACCAUUGAUUCAGAAGUGGGUUCUCCUCCAGAUCUUCAAGAACAGGUGGUUUGGUUGAAGGUCGAGUUGAGCAAGAUGCUGGAGGAGAAGAGAUCUGCUACACUCAGAGCUGAGGAGUUGGAGACAGCACUGAUGGAGAUGGUCAAGCAAGAUAAUCGACGGCAAUUGAGUGCAAAGGUUGAGCAGUUGGAGCAAGAGGUAGCUGAGCUACGGCAAGCCCUUGCAGAUAAGAAAGAACAGGAAAAUGCCAUGCUUCAGGUCCUGAUGCGGGUUGAGCAGGAACAAAAGGUAACUGAAGAUGCUCGCAUUUUUGCUGAGCAAGAUGCAGCCGCUCAGAAGUAUGCGGUGCAUGUGCUUCAGGAAAAAUAUGAAAAGGCUAUGGCUUCUCUUGCUCAAAUGGAGAAGAGGGUGGUUAUGGCAGAAUCAAUGUUAGAGGCUACAUUGCAAUAUGAAUCUGGCCAAAAAGGACUAUCUUCACCACGGUCUCUGCAUCCCGAUUCUGCUCAGGACCAGCCCACAAGAAAGAUGGGUCUACUCUCAUUUGGACUUGGCUGGCGAGACAAGAACAAGGUAAGGGGAAACCAACUAAUGCUGAAGAGCCCGGUGUAAGUACCAAGCAGACUGCUAAUGGCCAUCAGGAACAGGAAAAAUAACAGGGAGUAACCAACUAUUGUGGAUGCCAAGAUUUCACCGGGAGAAAGGCCCUGCUGCUUCAAGUACUAGAGCCUUGUCACAUCUUGUACAUGUUCCAGUAAAAUAGAUGCCCAGUUUUCUUCUUGUACUUGAACGCUGGGGCUUGGAGUAAGGUAGCCAUCAAAUCCUACUGAUGUCGGCUUGAGGAGCCUCUGCGACUCUUCACCCGGCUACUCCACACCUUCCAUUAUAACACAUGUAUCUAUUCAAUUUUUUUUUAUACGAUUCUAUGCUCUUAUAAAAUGAAUUAUUUGUAAUCAUAUUAGGAACAUUUUGUUACAUGCAUAAAUUAGAUCACUUGUGUAUUGUGACAAUGAAUGGUUGCUCGCUGCAACUUUUAGUUA